AUGCCUGUUUAUCGACAUGUCAGUGCGUCUGAUAGCGGAUUGCCUGCGAGCGGAGUUAGUAAGGAUGCGCUCGAGAUUGAUUUGCCGUGGCUGCGAGAAGCUCAGUUAGAGAUACUGCAAGUCUCAGAAUCAGCCGACAGCACGAGCUGCCUCGACGCGCUGUACGAAUGCGACAUGCACACCUUCCUCCUCUCUGCGCAAGACAUUCUGCUUCUGCGCAGGUCGGGCAGGCUGGCCAAGGAGAGGGGCGCUUCGGAGCGAAUAGAGCGGGCUCGACGCCAGUUGGACUUGUUGGCCAUUUUCUUGGACUGGCCUGGUACGGUCUUGGUGGUCGAUCAUGGAGAUGGGACGCUCGACGAGGCAGCGAAGGAACGUGUGCUGGACACCCUAGAGGAAGUCAUCAGCGCUGACGUCGGACGAUUUGACGAAAAGCCUCAAGAUGAUGCAAGCGUAGAGGCAGCAGCUGGCCCAAGGGGUUUGCAGCUCUCCGUGCUUCACGUCUCUACCACUGCUGCAUUGCUCGCCAACGGGCAUUUGCGCGUUGGACUUGGCUUGCCGCUGUCUUCUAGAUCCGACGUUGACUCUUCGGCGAAAAAUAACAAGCUGCACAUUAGAGCAGGCGAUAGGUCCCGCUCCGCUCUGGGCUCCGCCAGCGACUCUGCAUCCUUGCUCGAAAAGACCUUUUCACAAAGGUUGCCCUGGUGGAAAUUGCUCUGGAAAGUGGACGAUGUGAGGGCAGAGGUGGACAAUGCCGUGCGGAGUAGCUUUUCGAAGGAUUUGGAGGAUCAAGCUGUCAUCGUGUCGAAGCUCAUAUUCGAAGCUGGAAGGACAUUGAGCUUUGCGGAGGAUCAGAUGAAGGUGACUGAAGCUGCGCUCGGCACCCUCACCGCUCGGUCGCGCUCCGAGAAUGCGGGCCGAGCCGAGCUCUCUAGUUCGUUGGUGGGCGGCGCGACGUCCUGGCAAGGUCACAUGGAGGCCUCUCAGAGGUCCUACUUCGAUUCUCCGCUCCUGCGCAAUCAAAUUGCGCAGCAGUCCAAGCUUCAUCGAGCUGCUGGAUCUUCCAGCUCGAACCUGCUCCAACCGCGAUCCUUUGCAUGGCCCAUCACUUCGCGUCGUUCGCAACUCUUUUCACAAGGAGGUCCUCUGGAGGUGCUCGUAUCUCGAGCUCAAGCCCUCGUGAUGCGUUUCUACCUGUCCACCGGUACUAUUGCGAGCGCAUCGCUGAUCAGCGCUCAACUACCCGCCGUAUCGCACUGGUUGAGCGCAAACACCUUCUUGGGAGAAGACGCGUGCAAGACCCUAUUGCCGCUCGCCAUGCAGUCUUCCACAGCCGCCGGCGUCUCGCUGCUCGCCACGCUGGCUUUUGCGUUUCAUCUGCAAGGCGCAUGGACCAAAGCCAAGAGGCGAUUCUGGACGGAUUGGGAUAGACUUGCUCAAGGCUUGGAAGCGGACCUGGAAUCCAAUGUCGUCUCUACUCUACGCGAACACGUCUUUGCGCCUCCUUUUGCAGCUGCGCAAGGUCUCGACGAGAUGAUGCACAAGCGUCGUGCAGAGUUGGCGCUGCUCGCCGAAAGAUUGCAACGCGCGCAAGAGCUGCUGCUGCUGCUGCUGUCGUCUAGCCAGAGCGACGCAGUCGAAGCUCAAUCUUCCCUUGACCCAGCUGGUCCGACUCGUCCGCAAGAUCCACUUUCAUAGGCCGAGCCACUGGGAAAAGACACGAAAGGCCUGCACCAGCAUGCUAGCUAGCAUGACUAAGAGUCAAUUAUCAUGAUUGCGAAGAUAUUUUGCUUGGGAGAGAGGGGGGGGAGGGGGGGGGGUGGAAAGGGGAAGCUUGGUCGAGCCAAUGCAGGAUAUGACUACAGUUCGUUUGAAAGCGUGUCGCACGUACUUGGAAGCAAGAGAGGAAUAGACAUUUCGAAAACCCCGGUGCCGUGAUUUGACUGAGCGGCAACAUUCGAAUGCGGCUCUAG